AUGAAUCCUCAAGACGGACCCGCACCUAUUUACGCCGCGCCUAAUACGCCGGCGCCUUCUUUAGCGGCACCGCCCGCACAGGCGUCGACGGAGACGGAGACUUUGGCGAGUAUAAGUGUUUCGUCAAGGAUACCUGAUUUUUGGUCAGACCAACCGCGACUCUGGUUUGUCCAAUUUGAGGCCGUAGUAGAAUCGCAACGACUAGGAGAUGUAACAAAACAAAACUUAGUCGUUACCAAACUCAGCAAAUCUGCCAUACAACAAGUCAGCGACCUGCUGCUGUCACCACCACAAGAAAGACGAUAUCAGACAUUGAAGGACCGUCUGUUACAAGUGUUUGAAGAGUCUGAGACGCGGCAAUUUCAAAAGCUUUUGGGGGAAAUGGAACUGGGCACCCAAAAGCCAUCGCAACUUCUCCGUCGGAUGAGAGACUUGGCUAGAAACAAACUACCAGACUCCACGCUACAAAUAAUGUGGACCAGACACUUGCCGUCGGCAGUUCAGGCUGUUCUUGCUGUCACCGAGGUCAAGGACUUGGAGAGCUUGGCAACGGUGGCGGACAAGAGAAAACAAUCGAUUGAAUCGAUAACCAAGUAA